CACGGCACCGCCCCGCGCCCGCGAUGACGUCACGCGCUCUUAAAGGGCCCGGUCGGGAUGGCGGCGGCAGUGGCGCUGCCGCGGGCCCUGUCCCGGCUGUGUCCCCGGCGCUGCCCCGCCCUGCCCCGGCCCGCCUGGACAUGGGGACACCGGGGACACCGCGGGGACUGCGGCUGCGGCCCCGCGGGGCCGGCGCGGGCGCGCUGGGAGCGGCCGGCCGGCGCUGCGCUGGCUUUCCUGGGAGGGCUGUCCCUGUUCCCGCGGGACGCCGAGGAGGACGGCGAGGAUGGCAUCGUCCUGCUGCUGAAGAGAGCCAAGCUCAGCACCAUGAAGGGGGAGCUGGCCGAGGCCGAGCAGCUCCUGCACCAGGCCCUGCGCCGGGCGCACCAGCAGGACAACAGGCAGGCCAUCGUCUACACCUACAGCAUGAUGGGGAACGUGGCCUACAUGCAGGGACAGCUGGACAAUGCAGAAAAGCUCUACAAAGCAGCUAUGAGCUAUAUGCUUGCAGGGGACACAAAGGAGGAUGACAACGCCAUCCUUGAGAUGUCCCUCAAGCUGGCCAGUAUCUAUGCUGCUCAGAAACAGCACAAAUUAGCUGUAGCUGGCUACCAGUUCUGCAUCCUGACCUUAGAGGAGAAGAUUGCCAAGCAGAAGGACUUGCCUGAGGAUGUCUUAUCAGCUGAAGAAAAGGCCAAUACCCAGCUCCUGCUUGGGAUGAGCCUGGACUCCUAUGCCCGCUACCUGCUGAAUAUCAACGAGCUCCCAGCAGCACAAAAAAUGUAUGAGAAGGCUCUGCAAAUAUCAAAUGAUGUUCAGGGAGAGACUCAUCCACAGAGUGUGGUGCUGAUGAAUGACCUGGCCACGGUGCUGGAUGCUCAGGGACGCUACGAGGAGGCGCACACCUACAGCAGGAGGGCAGCAGAGCUGGCAAGGGACACGCAGCACCCCGAGGAACACAUGGUGCUCAAUAACCUGGCAGCAAUCCUGAUGCACAAAGAAGAUUUCCUGCAAGCAAAACAAGUGUACAAAGAAGCUCUCAAGCAGGCACAGCAGAAGGGAGAUGCUGCUUCUGUCCAGCAUAUCCAGGAGGAACUAGCUGAGCUGGCCAAGAGGAGAAAGGGUUCCAAGUCAGUGCUUGGAUGCUGAGGUUUCCUGCUGGAAAAGAUGCUGUGUACAAACCCAGCUUCACGUGAAUCAAGUAUGAACAGCUGCUUUGGACAACACAGUUUCUGCCCUGCCAGGAAGCCUGAUUUAAAGAAAGAGGAGAAUUAAACCACAAAUUACAAAAUCCAUAUUUAGUUAGGAUAAUAGAACUAAUUCUGUCACUAUCCAAGCAAAGUUUUAACCUCUCAGUUGUCAGAACUGCAGUUGGUUGGUACAACCCUCAAUGUAAUGACAUCAUCAGUAAUUUACUUACAGUAGCAGCUUCAUCUCUGAGCUAAGAGGAGGAAGCACACAGGUUUUCUAGAGCAGAAAUUCAUUGAAGCUGGAAAACUUCAGUCACAUACAGAACUUUGUUCUCAGCAAGCUAGGAAGUAAAAAUAGGGCUGUACUGACAGAAAGUCAUAUUAGAGCCAACUUUCCCUGAAAUGCUGGGUUUGGGGUUUGAAGUGGCAGAGCCUGGAGGGCAGCUGUGUUACCUGGGAACCCUGCAGCACCCUGGGAGCAGGGUCUUGCCUGAUGCUGCAAAACAAAAGGGAGACACAGGAAAAGCAAGUGGAGAACUGAUCCCCUUUAUUGAUUGGUCUGAAUCCAGAAGUCACUGUCUAGUGAGACAUUGUGUGGAAAUUAUGAUGCAUGGGUUUUUCAAGUCUUAAAUGAUUUCAUAUCAGAAUCACGAACCAUAUCAAGAUGAAAGCAUUGUGAAAGCGCUGAUCAGAAAUCAGGUAAAAAUCUGUAGUAAACUACACUUUGUAAACAUGACUUACAAACACCUUCCUGUUUUAAACAGGGCAGAUGUAAUUCCAUACUUGAAGAUAACUGGAAUUGUGGUAAACCCUAACUUAGGCUCUGGAGAGGUUUUUACACUGGAGAAGUUAAAACUCUGAUAACAAACCAAAAAAAAAAGCAGCAACAUUUUAUGUGCAAAUGCCACUCAAACUGUAUCUUAGGAGAUUGUGACUAUCCUACUUUGGAUUUCUUGCUGCUGCUGCUGCAGCAGUAACAUGAAGCUUUGCAAUGAACAUGCUAUACUUACUGUACAGGUAGCAAAGACAUUUGUCUGUACAUGCCUCUUUCACAUUGUAUUUGUUACACUAAGAAAGUGAGAACAAGUGAGUUUAAGAAUGGACCUUAACUCUCCACUCCAAAUUUAAAUCUACAAGGGCAAAUGAACUAGUUUUCCAGUAUAUGUUGCUGUGGGAACCAAAAAAGAAAGUUAAAAUAAAAGCACAGGUCUACAAACAGGAUGAAAACUUCACUGUUUCAAGCCAGAAGGGUAAAGGAGGGGAGGAUGAGAGAAAUCUUUCUCAGAGAAAGACUGCACGGAGAUUUAAGACUGCCAAGGGAUCUACUCUGAUGCAGUGUUUAAAAAAAAGUAGCAAAAUAGUUCUGUAUUUUCAGCAGUGAGUUCCUUUGGAAUUUUGUUUCCCACACUUGGGACAAAAAGGCUUUCCUUAAAGGACUAGAAAUAAAUUUGCUAUUGAUAAAUAGUUGUGUGCUUCUUCCUGUUUGUAAGUGGACCAUGACAGUCCAUGGGAUGCAGAGCUCACACGACUCAAGGUUACACACGGCAUUACACCUUCCAUACAACGCAACACAAAUACCGCGGCAAAAUCCAAAAUAUUUUUCACUGGAAAAUAACUCCAAGGCAAAGACCCUGUUGAUCAAUGAGAUGCAAAAGCAGUUUGGAAUCUGACAGACCACGCCACCCCCCAGCUCAGUGCUAUCUGUAUAUCAGUCCUUCUACCCCGGAAGAUUUGAAUUCUCUUCCUGAGGUCAGUGCAGCAUAAAAUGAAGAUGCUUUUGGAGAUGGAUGUCAGGACAGCCUGUGACAUCACUGCCCAGAUGGAUGUGUACAUGAGCUACAAGCAUACCAUAGCAAGCAUUGAUAGAUGAAUAAUUAAGGAGACUCUCCUAGUACCAUAUACAAUUUAAAAAUAAAAAUCACCCUAACAAGUAUUGCACACUUCAGGAGUUAAGCCAAGCAUUUGUAAGGACUUCCACCAAAAGCUUGCUUAGAGGGACAGGGACUGGGAUGCAGACUUCAAAAUAAUUAUUACAUAAAGAUUUUAAAAUCAGAUUGGAGGAAGAUAAAAAUCACAGUACCUAUUUCAAACUGGUUGUAACAGAAGCCAAGUAGUUGACUCGUGCGUUGCUCAAUUAUUCUAUAAAAGCAUUUUGUUUUAUUUAAACUUGGGAUGUGGAGGUUUUUCUUCUUAAAGGAUUUAUCAACCCACCCAGAGCCUCUGUUCAGAAAAGCCAUUUGCUGUGGUUAAAUAUGACAGUAAAAUUUAGUAGCCUGUUUUGACUGCAUACAAUGCAGA